AAUGUUGUAAAUAUAAAAAUUUUUAUUCAUUUUUAUUUGUUGCUUCGCUCUAUAACACAUACGCGCGCCGUGCUUUUGCACAAACACAAUUUUGCUUAGCCGUGAUACACGUGGAUAUCUACGAGCAAAGUUCGGAAACAGUAUGUUCCUUGGCCAAGAAGUUUCAAAUGGCGUCGAUGGAUUAUAAUAAUAAGUUAAAAAAUGAUAAAGAUCAACUUCAACAGAAUCAUGAAGAACAUACAGAAGUCUCCAUUCCAUCCAUAUUAACAAGUAUAACAACAACUUUUCAAAGUACUGAUCAAGUGGGUGAGAUCACGGAAGACUAUGAGAAUUUCAUUAGUACAUCAGCUGUACUUCAUUAUUCAAAUUUUCAUACUGUUCAAGUUACUAUAUUUAUAUGUAUUGGAUACAUUUUACAAUAUAUGGCUUGUUUCAGAAGAGACCGAGGAUUCUGUUAUAAAGUAUUAAUCGUGGGACAAAACGAACUGGAAGUCGACGCGGAACAGACGCAGUCACCGUCUUGCUACGGAAACGUGAUAUUCAGCUAUUUAAUUCCGAGUGUAUUACAUUUAGUAGCGUAUUUAUACACGAUAUACCUGUUUCGUGUCAAGGAGAAUGAGCAGCUGCAGAAUCUGAUGGAGAGAGCAUUUCUACUCUCCUCGAAUCCAAUAAAUCGUGGCAAUCAAAAGCGCCUCGUGCAUAUAUUGUGGCUGUUUAUAGCAUUGAGCAUAGUAUGGAUGAUCAUGGCAUUAAUCACAGUGAAUAUUCAAAUGGCCGAAAGAAGCAUAGUAUUUCAAUGGGUGGAAAAUAGUCCAUAUCAGGUGAAGAUAACGUUGAAAAUAUUCCUAAUUGUUUGUACCUUGUGGCACGACAUGGUUCAAGGCACCAUUAUAACAAGCUACUGCCUGCAAGGGCAGUUAUUGAUGUCACACCUUUACUUUCUACGCGGAAAAUUGCUCCAACAUGUUCUACUGCCUAUCGACUGGAUGAGGGACAUCAAUGAAUUCAAGAAACUGUUGAAAUACUUCAAUGAUGAAUUAGGUCCGGCUGUUUGCAUUUACACUAUAGUUAAUUUGUCAUGGGCAACUGCGGGUAUCGUAUGGUUGUUUCAAUAUUAUAUCAACGACAUGAACAACAAUCCUGUUAUAUAUCCUGUUACAUAUGUUAAUGUAAUGAAUGUUGUAUUAUGGAUUUUGAUUUCGAUUGCUCCAUUUAUACAGGCUGCUCGCUUAACGAAUGCUUGCUCCAUGAUCCGAGCUGUAGGGCAUGAAAUACGUAUACGACCGUUUGUGUAUCAAGCUACUCCAGGCGAGGACCUCGAUAGUAUACUCUUGUACACGUCUUCGUUGAAAAUGUGCGCUAGACUGUUCAGAAUUCCUAUCAAGGGUAGAUAUUUAUGUCUUCUGCUAACUAUUAGUAGUAUUUCUGUUCUUUCUCUAGGACAAUGUCAAUUUUUCUCAUAAUCAUAUAUUUUAAAUCAAGAUUGCGUAAAUGCAUCAGGCAUUUCUAGUAUACUAUCGUCUUGUAUAAUUGUUACCAUGUAGAAUGUAUUAUCUGUAGCCACACAUUAAGUUAUUAAAGUUCGAUAAUUUUCUAUGAUAUAGACAAUGUAUAGAUAAUUGUAACGUAUUAGAAAAUGCACAAUAUAUUAAAAAUUCUAAUGAAAAUUUUGUUAAUAAAAAUUCUUACGCGUUA